AUGACGAACCAAACUCUGGAGGUGUUUGAUGUGAUUGUGGUUGGCGCAGGAUGGUAUGGGUUGAUGGCUGCCCGAACAUUCCUCGAGCUUGCUCCCGAGACCAACCUUCUGAUUCUUGACGACGGCAAGACAGUCGGCGGAGUAUGGUCCAAGGAGCGUAUCUACCCCAGCCUCUUUGCUCAGAUCAGCCAUCCCUUGUUCGAGUACUCCUUCUAUCCUAUGCCAGAAGAGGAUGUAUCACCAGAUGGUUUUGUAUCUGGGAAGACAAUCCAGAAAUACCUUGAGAGCUUUGCCAAAGACCAUAACCUGAUGUCUCGGAUGCGUCUCAACACCCGCGUUGAAAAUGUGAAGAGAGGACCCGACUCGGAUGGCUGGGUACUUGACCUCAAAGAAAAGGAAUCUCUAGCGUGCCGAAAGCUCAUAUACGCCACGGGCGCCAAUUCAAGCCCCAUCAUCCCGCAGUGGCCACGAAAAGACUUUGAAAAGCCCGUUAUACACUCCCUCGAACUUGGAAAGUACCAGGAUUAUAUAAGGGACAGCGUAAAGAAUACCGUCGUCGUCGGCCGUUCAAAGUCUUCAUACGAUGCGGUAUAUCAUCUGCUAUGUGCCGGGAAGACGGUAGAUUGGGUGAUGCGUGACGGAGAAUCUGGCCCAUUUAGCAUCUAUGCGCCAACGUUCAUGGGACUUUGGAAUAUUGCUGACCACAUCUCAACUCGGUUUGCCUCGAGCCUCAGCCCCUGUAUCAUGUCUACCUCUGGGAUGUGUUAUAACUUUUUCCAGCGUAACGCCUUGGGACGCCUUCUAACCAAUAUGUACUGGCGAACGGCGAACUAUAUCUCAGUGUCUCACGCAGACUACUGGAGAACGGCGAAUGCCGAAAAGCUGCGACCAAGGCCUUAUAGCGAUGGAGUUUUCUGGGGAUCUGGUGGUAUUGGCAUCGCGACCGCUCCCGACUUUUGGGAGACGUUCCACAAUGGCGAUGUUACUAUCCAUUCGACUGAGAUCAAUAGUCUUUCCCAUAAGGAUGUCGUGAACUUGAAGAACGGAUACUCCAUCGCGGCCGACAUCGUGAUUCACUGCACGGGAUUUGACAAAGGCUACGAUGCAUUCGAACCUAGUCUCAGACGUGAACUCGGUCUGGAGUAUGACCCCAAAGAGUUCUCCAGAUGGACAAUGCUUGAUGAGAAAGCCGAAAAGACUGUGGACGAUCUCCUGCCAUACCUUCGUGAAGCGCCAAGCCGAUACCGCGACUCCAAAGCCACCAAGAGAACGGGGCAUGGCCCUAACAGGCAUUACCGCCGCCUGGUGGUACCUGAGCUGGCAGCACGGGGCGACCGAUCAAUUUUAUUCCCCGGGCACAUCCAUUCCGCUUUCACGCCACUGGCAGCUGAGCUCCAAGCACUAUGGGGUGUUUCAUGGAUGCUCGGUUGGCGAGACCUACCGCCAAGAGAAGAGAUGGAGGUUGAGGCUGCAAACUUCAAUGCGUGGACGAGAAAGAGGUACCUCGAGCAAGGCAAGAAACAUUCGUAUUUCAUAUACGACUACAUUCCUUACAUCGACACACUGAUGAAGGACCUGGGACUAAACCCGUUCCGCAAGAGCAGCGUUUUUGAAGAAUGGUUUGUGAGAUAUAAGCCGAGUGACUACAAGACUAUCCUGGACGAGUACCUGAGUCUUAGACGUCAUCAACAUGGAAUUGAGGGUGCUGAGACGGAGAACGGAAAGGCAGCGUAG